CGUCGGAGAUAUUUUCUGAUGAGCAACCGGAUGUAGAGCGCAUGACAACUUCCCGUCCCCACGUGUGUAGAGAUGUGAAGCAAGUCAGGGUUCGCUACUUUGCUAAGACUCUGAAUAACUUGUACAUUUGUUUAAAGAUUUACCUCACAACCCUUAGAAAUGGCAGACAGUGUGCAACAGCGAUUAGAGGACAGAAUACCGGCGCUCGAACAGCUAGAAAGAGUCGGUUUGUUCACCAAUAAAGAAGUUAAGUCUAUGUUAAAAAGAUCUACUGCUCUCGAAUACAAGCUUCACCGAAAAUCUCAGAGCAAAGGCGAAUUUAUUGCGUAUAUACAGUAUGAAAUAAACGUCCUGGAGCUCAUCAAGAAGAGAAGAGCAAGAAUUGGUUAUCAUUUUAAACGGGAGGAAAUUGAGUAUCCCAUCAUUCAUCGCAUAAACCAUAUAUUCAGAUGGGCUACAACAAAAUGGCAGGAAGAUGUGCAGCUUUGGCUUUCUCAGGUUGCCUUCAAUAAGAAAUGGGGCACAAAGUCUCAACUCAGCAAGGUUUUGUCAUCUAUGUUAGCUAUCCAUCCUGACAAACCAGCUUUGUGGAUAAUGGCUGCUAAGUGUGAGAUGGAGGACAGGAACUCUUCAGAGAGUGCUCGCCAUCUCUUCCUCCGUGCCUUGCGCUUCCAUCCUGAGAAUAAGAAGGUCUAUCAGGAGUAUUUCCGGAUGGAACUCAUGCAUGCUGAGAAACUAAGGAAACAGCAGCAGGAGUUGGAGCAAGCUAAAAUAGACGUGGGGGAAUAUACCUUUUCUGCUGAAAUCUUGAGUGGAAAACUUGCUGAGGUGGUGUACAGAGAUGCUGCACAAAAAAUUAAAGGGGCUGAAUUCAUGUUGUCACUGCUACAGAUUGCUGCCAUCUUCGACUUCACAAAGGAGCUACAGGACACCAUCCUACAGGACGUGCAGAGUCAGUAUGUUGAAGACUGCGUGAUGUGGGAUUUCAUGGCUAAGCGGGAGCUGGAUGCUGCUGGAGCCCCGGAGCUUCAGUCUGCGAAGGGAAGAGCUUCUGAUACGGAUCGCAGAGAAGAACGCUGCUGCGUCGUUUACGAAGAGGCACUAAAGAGCCUUAAUACAGAGGCCAUGUGGACAUGUUAUGUCACAUUCUGUCUUGAGCGAUAUAAGAGGAAGACAAACGUCACUGAACUCAAGGAAAAGAGAAAGGAACGACUACUCGGAGUCUUACAGAGUGCUCAUGACGCCAAGCUUUUGCAAGAGACAUUCUACAAGAACUGGCUGCAGGUCCUUUUGUCGUCAGGGGAUACAGUAUCUGCUACCCAGAUCGCCAUCACAGCCACCCAGUACUUCAGCCAAUCAGUUGAGAUGUGGAGCUUCAGCCUCCAGAUAUUGGUCCAUAUGGAAAGCUCAGAGGCGGGACGUCUAUUCCAGGAAGCCCUGAAACACGUGAAUCCCAAGGAAAGUCUGCCGUUAUGGCAGCUGCAGGCAGACUGGAGCAUGACCUCACAGGUACCAGAAGACACCGAGACCUUUUUUCAGAAAGGGCUUGUGUCUCCAGCUCCUGCAGUGUCAUCUGCCAUGAAGGAGAAAUACCUUGAAUGGUCAUAUAAAACUGGUGGUUACAAAAGGGCUAGAAAAACUUUCAAAAGCUUACAUGAACACAGACCCUUCACCAAGACAUUCUUCAGGAAGAUGAUUGAGAUUGAAAAAGAGCAGGAGACACCAAAGAUGAGUAACCUCAGAGACUACUAUGAGCGAGCGCUUCGUGAAUUCGGUUCCUCAGAUGAAGAUCUCUGGAUUGAAUACAUCAAGGAAGAGUUAGAAAGGCAUGGAAACCCAGAAAACUGCGGGAAGCUCCACUGGAGGGCUGUUAAGACCCUGGAGGGCGAAAGCGUUGAGCGUUUUACCACGAAGUACACACUUCUGCAGACCGGGCACAUGUAAACACAACAUCAGUCUUCAACGUUUUUUCUGAUUUGUUCAUAUUUGGACCUCAAACCUCGAUUUCUCUUUCAAAAGCCCAAUUCCCUUUUUCCUCUGAAAUGUUUCAAACAUGCUAGUGCAUGGACAUUUGUGCUUUUCUGUUGUUCCAGUAAUAAACAUUUAAGACAUUUGUCUUUUAAA